AAAGAUGUGUGGAUUAUACAAGAAGAUGCUGCUGCUGGCCACCAUGGCGGUGGCGAGGUCGUCCCCAGUGGUUGGACCGGAGCCCAUCCGCUGCGCCCCGUGCACCCAGGAGAAAAUGAAUGAGUGUCCCGCUAUUCCGGCCGACUGCGGGCAGGUGCUGAGGGAGCCUGGCUGUGGCUGCUGCAUGGCGUGCGCCCUGGAGAGAGGGAGCUCCUGCGGCGUGCACACAGCCCACUGUGCUAAUGGCCUACGCUGCAUGCCCCGGCCCGGGGAAGCUAGGCCUCUGCACGCUUUGACACGCGGCCAGGGGGUCUGCACUGAGGAACUGACCCAAGAGGACACUGAAGGGGUCCCAGACCACAGCUCCCUGCAGUACCUCCUAGGAGACACUGCAGAGCCCCAGGAGAGCUUCAAGGCCAAAGUGAACGCCAUUCGGAACAAGCUGGUGCAGCAGGGUCCGUGCCACAUUGAGCUGCACGCAGCUCUGGAGGUGAUAGCCAGCUCCCAGCAGAACCUCGGAGAGACAUUCACCACCUUCUACCUCCCAAACUGUGACAAGCACGGCUUCUACAAGGCCAAGCAGUGUGAGUCAUCUCUAGUUGGACCGCCCACUCGCUGCUGGUGCGUCUCCUCCUGGAACGGAAAGGUCAUCCCAAGAGCGAGUGAGCUCCCUGAUGACACCGAGUGCCACCAGGAAGUCACUUACUAACACUUGCUACCGAGGAGUUGUAAAUUAUUUUAUGUACCAAGAUUUAUUUAUUCAUUACUUGUAUAUUCUAAACAGCAUUUUUUAUUUUUUUUAAGCUUUCCUGUGUUUUUUCCCCUCAAUUGUAAAUAGGGCAGCACUGUAUACAUUUGUAUUCCUGACUAAAUAACUCCAUUCCUCAAAAACCACAGCUCCACAGCCCUGCCAAGCCCAUUUCAGGUUUUUUUUUCUUUCUUUCAAAUCUGGAGCUUGGCGGUGCACGCCACAACCAAACAACACAGCCGCUCAUUCAUGCAACAUGUUGACAUUGUCUGAAUGCAUCUUCAUUUCCUCAAUGGGGGAUACUUUGAGGGCCGCAAGUAUGCGCACGUCGGCCAAACGCAAACAAAUCAGGGCUCAUCCAAGCUGCCUGCCAGCUUCUUCUAACAUGGCCUCUUUUUACAUUUGUCUACCUCAGAUCACCUCUGCUUUUUUUUUUAACCUUUUCCAACAUUCUAAUAUUUAUUGUCAUUCACUCUUGUGUAUUUGCUUUUGUUGUUGAUAGCCGAGCCAGCUGCUGGAUUAUAUUGUUUAAAUGUAUAAUAUACGAUACUGUGCAAACAUUUUGGGCCAUCGUUGUUGUUUUCCCACAAUAAGCUUGAUUAGAAUCCAAUCAGAAAACACAACAGACAGAAGAAAAGGAUUGAACUGUCCCAUACAGUUAUUGCAUGUUGUAGUAUGCAGUAAAAUGUACACUACUUCCAAGUUACGGAUGCAAGUUAGGGAUAGUCAGCUGAAACCAUCUAACAAGGAGCUGAACAGGUGACAUUCCCUCAUUUUUCCCUCAUUGAUUGUAUGGUUCCAUUGUGGAUUCCUGUAUAUGUUUUGUUUUUGCUUUUUGCCAGGGCCUCUUGCGAGGUCAUUGUAAAUGAGAAACUCUUCUCAAUUGAUCUUACCUGGUAAAAUAAAGGUGAAAUUUAAAAAAAAAA